AGAAUCUGGUUGGUUUUUUAUUCCUCCAAUUUUCACACUCUUUCCCAUUUCGUGCCGUUUUGGUCUCGAUCCUUUGUUUUCUCUCGUCUUUCCGGUCGGUGUAUUUUCCGGGAAAAUCCAAAUUUUCCCGACGGCAUUCCCGACCGGCGAUUGUUCCUUCUUUUCUUUUCUUUAUCACUUCAAAAUCUUAAAAUUCGAAACAUUUCCGGCGUUUUGGCCUUUGAAGCCUAGAGUCUUCCUUUUUGUCCAGAUCGCUUGAUUUUCCCGCUAAACCUCUUCUCAAUUCCCGAAUUAAUAAAAUCGAGCUCUAAUUUUUUUAAGCAAUAACACUGCAAUCUCUGGAUUCGAAAUAGGAUUCAGAACAAGUUUCUGAUUCAGCAGGGAUUAGAUAUGGAAAGUCAGAGCGGUUCAUCGAGGCGAAGUUCAUCAUUGGCAAACGUGUCGUCGACAAGGAAAAAUUUACCGGAGAAUGGAGGUUCCGACUCUAGUCGAAAACUCGUACCAUCUUCUCGUCCUAUGGGACUAGCUGGAGAGCGUACUGUGAAGAGGUUGCGGCUUUCAAAGGCCCUGACUGUACCUGAUAGUACAAGCAUUUAUGAAGCUUGCCGUAGGAUGGCUGCUCGUAGGGUUGAUGCUUUAUUGCUUACUGACUCUAAUGCAUUACUUUGCGGGAUCCUCACAGACAAGGACAUAGCAACAAGAGUGAUAGCCCGGGAGCUUAAUCUGGAGGAGACACCAGUUUCAAAAGUAAUGACCAAGAACCCUGUAUUUGUUCUUUCUGAUACUCUUGCAGUGGAGGCACUUCAGAAGAUGGUGCAAGGAAAGUUUAGACACUUGCCUGUUGUAGAAAAUGGGGAAGUCAUUGCUUUGCUUGAUAUAGCUAAGUGUUUGUAUGAUGCUAUUGCUCGAAUGGAAAGGGCUGCUGAAAAGGGAAAAGCUAUUGCUGCUGCAGUUGAAGGAGUAGAAAAAAAUUGGGGAACGUCUCUCUCUGGUCACAGCACAUUCAUUGAGACACUUCGUGAGCAAAUGUUCAGGCCCUCACUGUCUACGAUUAUCACAGAAAAUCAAAAGAUUGUAACAGUUUCACCAGAUGACUCAGUUUUAGUGGCUGCAAAAAAGAUGCUUGAAUCUCGAGUAAACUCUGCAGUUGUGACGGUUGAAAACAAACCACGAGGGAUUCUAACUUCGAAGGAUAUAUUGAUGCGGGUAAUAGCACAAAAUCUGCCUCCUGAGGCUACUUUUGUGGAGAAGGUCAUGACUCCUAACCCAGAAUGUGCAAUAGUUGACACGCCAAUUGUUGAUGCUUUGCAUACCAUGCAUGAUGGAAAAUUUUUACAUCUCCCUGUUGUAGAUAGAGAUGGAGAGAUAGUUGCUGUUUUUGAUGUAAUCCAUAUUACUCAUGCUGCUAUUGCCACUUUAAGUCAAGUUGGGAGUACCUCUGGAGUCAACAAUGAGGCUGGCACAACAAUGAUGCAGAAGUUUUGGGAUUCUGCAAUGGCCUUACCUCCCAAUGAAGAGGAUGUUGAGAGUCGAAGUGAUGGAGUAGAGACAGGGAGAUCUCUUUCCUAUCCGUUUUCCAAUAUUCCAAAUACAUUUGGCUUCAAAAUACAAGAUAAAAGGGGCCGAAUGCAUAGAUUUACUUGUGAUACACGGAGUUUAACAGAUCUAAUAACAGCAAUCCUCAAUAGGCUGGAGGAUGACAUUGAUAGAAACAAUGUGCCUCAAAUAUUGUAUGAAGAUGAAGACCAUGACAAAGUUGUGUUGGCAUCCGACACUGAUCUUUCAGAGGCUGUUGAGCAUGCAAAGUUAGCUGGUUGGAAGUGCUUGAGAUUGCAUCUAGAUUAUUCAGGAACAAAAAUUCAUCGAAGGAGUUCUGGUUCGGGAAGCCUAGAUUAUGCUAACGCCGAUGCAUGGUCUGCUGCAUACAGCGCUGUUGCAGCCGGGGCUGCAGUUGCUGCUGGGAUCGGCUUAUUAGCAUACUUGAAGAGAUCCGGGAAUUAGCACCGGUAGAAACUUUUCCCAUUUGUAACUCACAAAUUUCAAGAGGAAAUGUAACAACUUUCCCUUAGAUAAAUGGUGCUUGAUUUCAAUUCUUUUUCGGAUCGAAUCGAGAAAUAAUCUUUUUUCUCAGGUUUCUGCUUGCCACAGCUUAGAAUGUUGAGCUAUGGUUGUUUCUCCAUUAUUUUUAUCACUGAAACUUAAUGAAUGGAAUAUAUAAUAAACAGUACCAUUAAAUG